GAAUUCGUUGGAAAUUCGUGAAUGGCACUGCAUGGCCAGCCACUUGUAAUAUUGCUUCCUAGCCCGUAUGGCAUAUUUACCACUUUAUUUCUCGCAAAUACCUUGGUACAGAUGGCGCUAUAGUAUGGACGACAAGAUAAGCCACACGCUUGUCAUACGGCGAUAGACAUCAAAUAUUUAUUUGCAAAUUUCAUUCUUGCUAUUGAAAUUAUUCAUUGUGGCGAUAUGAUUUCUUACGAUUAUUUGUUAUACUUUAAUAGGACAUUCAAAUUGCCAUCACACCUUGAAAUUUAUUUUUAAAUGAAUUGAAUCUUCCCAUAAUUCGCUAUUUGUACGUAUUCUCUUAAUAGAUCGAAAUGAUGUAUGUUUAUUUUGAAUUGUAAAUGAGGUUUAACGUACGUCUGGCUGCACAUUUUUUUCAUAUCUUUGAUUUGGCAAACGCAAAUAGAAGUUUACGUGCGCCUCGCCGGUAACACAUGAAUGGAUUAAAAACGAUUUAUAUAAUUAUUAAGCUCAAAUGCAUAUCUUAUUUGACAAUACCAAAGUGUGGAACGUCAGUAAACCUAAUUGGAAUAUGUGAACUAAAUAGUACUGUGAAAUAUUAUUGUCAAUAUUAUUUUCAUUCAAAAAUAUGGAAGCAUGUAUAUGAAGUUGUUGUCAUGACGAUGGUAUAUGAGUCCUGUCAAAACACUGGAUUGCACGUGUUAAAUGUCAAGUAUUGUUAUUUAGCGGUGAAGACAGUAAAUUGUGCAAUUAAAUUUAGAAAAACAUUGUUAUAUCUACUUAUCAAGAAUCAAGUAGGAUGAGCAAUUUUAUCCAGAACGUGCAAAUAAAAGAUGGCGAAUAUACUAAAACAAUUUAUGGCAUGAUAAAGGAGCAAAGAUACAUGGAAACUAUUCAUGUUUUGACAAACUUACUUGAAGGUCAUCCUGAUUCAAGACCAUGUCUUGCUCUUCUGGCCCACUGCUAUUUCUACACUCAAGAUUUUGUCGCAGCUGCAGGUGCUUAUGAGAAACUUGUACAACUUUACCCAGAAGAAAAUUUAUAUAAGCUUUACUAUGCACAAUCAUUACAUCAAGCAUGCAUGUAUCAGGAAGCAUGGACAGUUUGCUCUAGUAUUAUUGACCAACAUAAUUUGGAAAUUAAAGUAAGGAAGCUUCAGGCUGCUAUAAAAUAUGGUCAAGAAGAUAUUGUGGCUGCAAAAAGUCUAGUCGACCAAUGUCCUCCUGAGGAUGUUGAUACUGAUGUUAACUUAGGAUGUCUAUUAUACAAGGAAGAACAAUACGAACAAGCACUCAAGAAAUUUUCUACAGCAUUACAAAUUGUUGGCUUCAGACCACAUUUGUCUUAUAAUGUUGCUCUCUGCUAUUUUAAACUCAAAGAAUAUGCACUGUCUCUAAAACAUAUUGCGGAUAUUAUUGAGCAGGGAAUAAGAGAACAUCCUGAACUAAGUGUUGGUAUGACUACAGAAGGAAUUGAAGUGAGAAGUGUUGGCAAUACUUUGACAUUACACGAGACUGCGUUGACGGAGGCAUUUAAUUUAAAAGCAGCCAUAGAGUACCAAUUAAAAAAUUAUGAAGCCGCUAGAGAAGCACUGACCGAUAUGCCACCACGUUCCGAGGAGGAACUAGAUGCUGUUACCUUGCAUAAUCAAGCUCUGAUAAACAUGGAUACAACGCCAAGUGAAGGAUUUGAGAAAUUUCAAUUUCUUUUGCAACAGAAUCCGUUUCCACCGGAGACAUUUGCAAAUUUGUUACUUUUAUAUUGCAAGUAUCAAUAUUACGAUUUGGCUGCAGACGUUCUCGCUGAGAAUGUGCAUUUGACGUAUAAAUAUUUGACGCCGUAUUUAUAUGAUUUUCUGGACGCUUUGAUAACACAGCAAACUUCUCCAGAGGAAGCAUAUCGAAAAUUUGAUGAUCUUGCAAAUAAACAUACUGAGACUUUACGCAAAGCAACAAAGCAAGUCCAGGAAGCUCGAUUAAACCAUGAUAAUCAUGCUGUAAAACGAGCAGUAAAUGAUUAUGAAGAAGCUUUGGAAAGGUACGUUCCUAUUUUAAUGGCCCAGGCAAAAAUAUACUGGGAAUUAGGAAAUUAUGUACAAGUUGAAAAGAUUUUCCAUAAGAGUGUAGAAUUUUGUAACGAACAUGAUGUUUGGAAGCUUAAUGUAGCACAUACCUUAUUCAUGCAAGAGAAUAAGUUUAAAGAAGCUACAGGAUUCUAUGAACCAAUAGUGAAAAAGAAGUAUGAUAAUAUACUGGAUGUAAGUGCAAUUGUAUUAGCAAAUUUGUGUGUUAGUUAUAUUAUGACAUCCCAAAAUGCUGAAGCCGAAGAACUAAUGAAAAAGAUAGAAAAAGAAGAAGAAACUAUAUCAUUUGAAGAGCAGGAUAAAAAGCUUUUCCAUUUGUGCAUCGUGAAUCUAGUCAUAGGAACUCUCUAUUGUUCAAAAGGCAACUAUGAGUUUGGAAUAUCACGAGUAAUGAAGAGUUUGGAGCCAUACAAUAAGAAAUUAGGCACUGAUACAUGGUUUUAUGCAAAAAGAUGUUUCCUAUCUCUUCUUGAGCAAUUGGCUAAACAGUUAGUGGUACUUAAGGACUCUACCCUACAGGAAUGCGUACAAUUUUUAGAGCACUGUGAAGUUUAUGGAAGGGACGUUCAGACUGUUGUAGAACAACCCUUUGAUAUUCAAGAAGUUCCCACAAUACCUCAAGGUAAACAGACAGUAACAUACGAAGCAAGAUAUUUAAAAGCGUUAUUUCUGAAAUUACAAAUGUCAUAAAUCAAGAAUGCAUUGGGACUGUUAACCAUACUCUUGUUCCCAGAGUAUGUAAAAGUAUCAGUGAAAAAUGUAUAUCAUAAUUUAAGUCAUUUUUCAAAUAAAUUCAUUUUUGAACAGUU